CGGAGCCAGAGUCAGAACCAAACAAGCUCCGGGCAUGUUUGGCGGGAAGUUGGCUUAGUUGGGCUACCUGUAGCCGCGGGGGUUUCGGGCUCCCCGCUUUGCCUCUCCCGGCAGAGGCUUUUCAGUCCUCCCUCCGGGAUCCCUGCAUAGGACGCCCCUUCGCACGGGCGGCGCGAUGGCUCCCAAGAAACGCCCCGAAGCCCAGAAGCCCCUCGAGGUUGUGCUGCGCCCCCGGAGCAAGAGGAACCGAAGUCCCCGAGACCCAGAGCCCGAGGCCAAGAAGCUGAACGUCACGGGCUGCGCUCCUGGCAGAAGAUCUGACUCAGACUGCCUCCCGGCGGGGUUGCCCGGCCUGCAGGACCCGCAGCCCUGCAGCAGCCUUGUCAGGGCCUUGCACCAGCACAGGCUGGGCAGAACCGCCUGGCCAUCGCUGCAACAGGGUCUCCAGCAGUCCUUUUUGCACUCUCUGGCUUCUUACCGGAUAUUCCAAAAGGCUGCCCCAUUUGAUAGGAGGGCUACCUCCUUGGCCUGGCACCCGACUCACCCCAGCACCCUGGCAGUGGGUUCCAAAGGGGGAGACAUCAUGCUGUGGAACUUUAGGGUAAAGGACAGACCCACCUUCAUCAAAGGGAUUGGAGCUGGAGGGAGCAUCACUGGGCUGAAGUUUAACCUUCUCAAUACCAACCAGUUUUUCGCCUCCUCAAUGGAGGGAACAACUAGGCUGCAAGACUUUACAGGCAACACCCUCCGAGUUUUUACCAGCUCAGACACCUGCAACGUGUGGUUUUGCAGCCUGGACGUGUCUGCCAGAAGCCGAGUGGUGGUCACAGGAGACAACAUGGGGCACGUGUUUCUGCUGAACAUGGACGGUAAAGAGCUCUGGAAUCUCCGAAUGCACAAAAAGAAAGUGACCCAUGUGGCUCUGAACCCGAGCUGCGAUUGGUUACUGGCCACAGCCUCCGUAGACCAAACAGUGAAAAUCUGGGACCUGCGCCAGGUUAGAGGGAAAGCCAGCUUCCUCUGCUCGCUGCCACACAAGCAUCCUGUCAACUCAGCCUGCUUCAGUCCUGACGGAGCCCGGCUCCUGACCACGGAUCAGAAGAAUGAGCUCCGGAUUUACUCUGCCUCCCAGUGGGACUGCCCCGUGGGCCUCAUCCCGCAUCCUCACCGGCACUUCCAGCACCUCACUCCCAUCAAGGCAAGCUGGCACCCUCGGUACAACCUCAUUGUCGUGGGUCGGUACCCAGAUCCUAAUUUCAAAAGUUGCGCUCCCUACGAACUAAGGACGAUUGACAUGUUUGACGGAGGCUCAGGGAAGAUGAUGUGUCAGCUCUAUGACCCAGAAUCUUCUGGGAUCGUUUCGCUUAACGAGUUCAAUCCCAUGGGGGACACACUGGCCUCCACAAUGGGUUAUCACAUUCUCGUUUGGAGCCAGGAAGAAGCUGGGGCACGGAAAUGAGUGACGUUAAAGGUGUGGGGCAAGCAUCCGCUUGGAGCCUACAAACGGGGACAAGCCUGGCGGGAAGAGGCGGCACUUUGUCAAAGGGCCAAAAGGAUCCGAAUCUGCGGGUUGGGGCAGGGGCACUGUGGGACUGGCACACAGGCGUGUUACUGUACUUGGAGAGCUGGUGACCCAGCCCUCCGAGGGGCUCUGUCUGGCCGGAGCCCAGCGACCUUUCUCCUCUCUGGUGUGUGGCGGGUGAGUGAUCAGGGAGUGCUGUUUGAUUUGUGCUCACCGUUGGCGGCCAAUAAAACCAUUCCCACCUGA